CAUGAAAGCCACCUCCCAUGGCGAAAUUACCAUCAACCCAUCUGUCCGUUACCCAAAAUACCAUCCAUUUAAUCAAAUCCUCUUUGUCACUUCUCUCUCCAUUCAAACAAAACAUUCACAUUCACAAGAUCUCUCUCUCUCUCUCUCUCUCUCUCUCUCUCUCUGCACCAACUGAUUACUUUAUUCCAUCUUUGUUGCAUUAAUUGGCUCCUCUGUUGCAGGUAUUUCACUUCUAAUUUAACACCAAUGCAUGUUUUCUCCUUAAUUUACCGCCUCUCCCCAGAAAUGUCAGGAUAAUUCAUGUGGGUGUGUGUGUUAAUUUUUUUGUUGAUCUCUGUUUUUUUUAUUCAAAUCAUCAACAUUGUUCUCUCUAAUCAAGAGUCACUUAUCGUUCUGUUCUUCCCGAAAAUAUAAGGAACUGUAUGAUCGAUACUUGCAUUCGAUAUUUCUGGGUGAUUGCAAUGCUCGUGGUUUGGUUAAUUAGUGUACUCAAAUGAUUUCAUAUCAAUUCGCAUUUGCAAGUUCUAUCGUAUUUUCAAACAUGAGUUGACCAGCAAAUGGGCAAGAAGAAGGGAAAUUGGUUUUCUGCAGUAAAAAAAGCUCUAAGCCCUUCUGAUUCGAAGGAGAAGAAAGAAAAGAGAUCCGAUAAACGUACUCCAAAAAAAUCUUGGUUCGGGAAGCAAAGGAGGUUGGAUAAAGAUUUCUCCCAAACAGAAGCCGCCGGAUUACCAUACCCUGCCACUGCCACCACCGCUGCCACUCGCUCUCCUCCCACAGAGGACGCAAAACUCACCGAAGCCGAAAAUGAACAGACCAAACACGCUUAUUCCGUCGCAUAUGCUACCGCCGUGGCAGCAGAAGCAGCGGUGGCAGCCGCCCAUGCCGCCGCGCAGGUUGUUCGCCUGACAUCUACAACCCGUUUUGUGGGUAAAUCCACAGAAGAAAUUGCCGCCAUCAAGAUCCAGACAGCUUAUCGCGGCCACCUGGCAAGAAGGGCGUUGCGUGCUGUGAGAGGAUUAGGGAGGUUGAAGUCAUUGAUUCAAGGUCAAUCGGUUAAACGCCAAGCGAUCUCCACUUUAAAAUGUAUGCAGACAUUGGCUCACGUUCAGUCACAGGUCCGAUCAAGACGCAUUCGUAUGUCGGAGGAGAACCAAACUUUCAAACGACAAUUCCUUCUGAAGCACGAGAAAGAGUUUAACACCACUAGAUCCUCGUUUGGAAACUCGUGGGAUGACAGCAGAAAAUCGAAAGAGGAAAUUGAAGCUAGGUUACAAAACAGACAUGAGGCUGCUGUAAGAAGAGAAAGAGCGAUGGCAUAUGCACAUUCUCAUCAGCAAACAUGGAAGAACGCCAAAAAUUCUACAAAUCCGAUGUUUCUAGACCCAAACAAUCCUCACUGGGGAUGGAGUUGGCUGGAACGGUGGAUGGCCGCCAGGCCCUGGGAAAAUCAAAGCAUCUCCGACAAAGCACCGCCGGUUAGCCACCAGUCACCCGCCAGACCUCCGUCAUCUAGCGGCAGGGUGAGGCCGGAAAGCCAAAAGGGAAGCGUGGAUGAAGACACCCGGAGCUAUUACAGCGUGCAGUCGGAACGAAACCGGCGGCACAGCGUGGCUAGCUCGGUGCGUGACGACGAGAGCUUUGGUUCAUCGCCGGCGGUUCCUGGUUACAUGGCUUCAACGAAAUCGACGAAGGCGAGGUCUCGAGGGGCGAGCCCUAGUCCAAGCCCAUUAGGGUCAGGAAGGAAAGGAAACUCUGAGAAAGGUUCGGUGGCCGGGUCAGCCAAGAAACGGCUUUCGUUCUCCGGUUCACCGGCUCGCAACACGAAGAAGUUCCCUGAGUCACCACUGAGGAACUCGAAUUCGUAAUAAGGAGUUGUUUGCGAUGUUUGUUGUGUAUGUGUGAUCUGUUUAUUUUGUUUUUUUGAUUUUAUGGUUUUGUUUGGUAGUUAGUUAUAUGUAUUUAAGUAAGAGAGGUUUUUUGGUGUUGUUGUGUUACGUACAAGUGUUUAAUGCAUGAGUUUGGAAUAUAUAGGUGUGUUGGCCGUUGGGUUUUGAUUGUUUUUGUAGGUAGGGGUGAUGAAAGA